UAUACAUUGACUGUGCGUGCGCGUGUGAAUGCCACAAAUAGCAAGUGGAACGAGCCAACCAUUCUUAACUUCAAAACCACAUCGUGUAUACCCGAUCGUCCGCCAAAAACGAUUGCUGGUGGCUUUUAUACUCAUUACAAUUCCACUGAAAAGGUAAUAAGCCUAUAUUGGGAGGAGUUGGCGCGACAUGAGCAGAAUGGACCAGGAUUUUAUUACAGAAUUGAUACGUGGAAUGGGACGCAUGUAACAUCAAAAACAUCUACAGAAACAUCAGUAACUUUCUCUUGGUUAGACCAACCUAAAGUUUAUGAAGUCCGCGCUGUAAAUGAUGUUGGUGCAUCUAUAGCUAUGAGUACAAUUAGUGUUAAUGUAUCGCAAACAUCAUACGUACCGAAACGAAUCGAACAGUUAUUGUAUAGUAACGAUACACUUGAAUUACUAUGGAUGCAUCCUGCUGACUACGAUAAAGACCCACCAAGUAAUUACACUGUAUUUUGGUGUCAACAAAAGUUAGUGUCACUGACAAAGUGUGAGGGUUCGAUGCAUUUCGCAGUGGUCAGCAAUAAUACGACAAAGUUCCAUAUAUCAGUAAGAGAAAAGGAAUUCAUAAUGGCUGUUGCGGCUAAUUAUCAAAAUUCGAGUAGUGGUUUGCAUUGGAAAACUUGCUAUGAUGCAGUAUUCGGCAGUUUAGAGACCGUAACGCUCGAAGCUAAAGCUGUAUCAUCGACAGAAAUCGCCUUAAGGUGGCGUUUAGAGGAGACUUGUGUUAAUGCUUUUAAUGGUUACAAUGUAACGUAUUGCCCCGUAGAAAGUGAAGGACAGCAGUGUAACGAUUCUGAGAACAUAACUAUUAAUUUUGGUGAUCCAGGAAUUCAGGAAAUCACUUUAAAAGGAUUGCACACGUAUACCUUCUAUCGCAUCACAAUGCUCUUGUAUGCUAAAGAUGAACGCAGGGGUCGGCCCAGUGAGUUUAUAUUUUGCCGUACAAUGGAUGCAGCUCCGUAUCCACCUACUGAUUUAAGAUUUGAAAAAACUUCCUUAACAAGUAAUUCGGUAAAUAUUUCUUGGGUAGCGCCGAAAGUCACUAAUGGAAAAAUUACAAAAUAUACCGUUUGGUAUUUAAGGAAAAUUAGGGGAAACACUACAAACGACCCAACGCAGACGGAUAUUCCAAUAGGUGACCGAAAUGUCACUAAGUUCUCUUAUAAGUUGAAAGACCUUAGCAGUUACUCGCCGUACAAAGUGUGGGUAACGGCGUGGACAUCAAAGCAAUCAAACAAAAGUGAAUCGUUGAACAUUAAUACCUUAAUGGGAAGACCAUCGGAACCACUCGAUGUGGACCUUGACAGAGAUGACGGUUAUUAUACAGCCAAAUGGACAGACCCCGUAAUGCCAUCAGGGCUUGUAGAGCUAUACGAGCUGAAAUUCUUUGAUGGUGAUAAAGUGAAGCUAGCUUAUAUACAGCGGGGCUCAAAGAAGACACAUCGAUGUCGCUUUAAAUAUCCUGGUUGCACGGGUGCAUGGCACAAAAUGGAGGUGCGCGCUAUCAAUCUGGUGCCAGAAGAUCAAUUUGAUAAUACUACAUUUACCGUAGAGCCAAAGACAGUACAACGACAACGCCGCCAUAGUAUGCCUACGAUCAGUACCGGGGCAGUAUUUCAUCAAUCACUAACUAAUGGUGAGAAAAAAAACAACAUUAUCACGCCGCUGCAACAGGAUUUUGAAUGUGAACUAAAAGAUGAAGACAUCAAAACGAAAGUUCUUACUAUACCUGGCGUAAUACCGCUUGAGUCGGCGGCGGCAGGAUUAUCUCGCAAUACAUACAAAUGUCCGAAGUUUCCCUAUGAGAUACUGGUGGCUUCAUUGAUUUUUGUCGGCAUGUUUAUUGCUACAGUAUUUUGGGUAGGCAAUGACAUUCGACGUCGCGCGAAAUGUGCUGUUCUACUUCCUGAUCCAAUUGUCACACUAAUGAGUAAAAUACCAGGCAAUCUUACUGACAACCAGCCGCCGAUGAACGAUUCAUUCAGCAAAUCUAAUGAUUUUGACUCUUCCAAAAAUCCAAUUCAAAGUACAAAUAAAUUUGAUUACGAUAGCGCGUUAACGCCUAGUAAUAGUAGUGAGAGUGGCGUAGACGGUGUUGGCGCCUGCGAUAAUGUAAGUAGCAGCAGUAGUCGCGACAAUGUCGACGACACGUAUUUCGAUCGGUUUGGACCAAUAGAUACACUAGUUUCAUCAGCGAGCAAUACCUCACUGAAUGAGAGCAGCCUUUCCUCGCAUCAACAUUCCCCAUUGCAACGGAAAAAUGCACACAGCGCGCCUACGCCAAUGAGAAAUGAUGGUUACAAAGGUGUCAACCAAUUAACAGGCAUUGGAAAACCAGUUAGCGAUGAGAUUAGCGCUUCCAGUUACUCAUCAUCAUAUAUGCCCCUGCACUCGAUUGCGCCAAAGAGUCCAUUGAAUAUAGAGUCGCCGGUUAGUGAUAAUGGAAAUGUUGGAAAUUGUAUAGCCUUAGCUAAAGAAACUGAUGCCGCAAUGGCGCUGGGACCAGCAAAAUCUGCGAUGUUCAACAAUUACCUACCACAUAAUUGCAUGCAAGCAAAACCUAAUCUCUUAACGAAUUUUACGCUUGCAACUGGUGAUUAUGUGCUACCCGAUGCAUUGCCUAAGAUUGCACCAGCACAGGAAGAUAAUGAAGAAGCUCAAACAUCAUUACAGCAACAAAAGAAUAACCCUAUAGUUUCAUACGGUUAUGUUACAUCCGAUUUUUGGUCACAACAAAAUACAUUGAAAUGAAUCUCAACAAAUCGAGCUUUAGGAAAAUAUUAUCGAAGCAAUGCUGCCAAGAAGAAGAAGGACAAGAUCAGCUACGUUUGACUCAUGUAGAGUUCAAUAGAAAGAAAUUGAUGCGUUGAUAAGCAUGGAAAAAUACAAAAGAGAACAUCGUUGUACUAAAUGUUAUUUUUAUUUUUUUUUUUUAGAUAAUAUUUAAGAGAAAAAUAUUCACUUUUAAUGCAUUAGUAAAACUAAUGAAGCCAAAGGCUUGCAUACGAGUUGAAAAUAACUUUAAUUCGAUGACUUGUGCGACUGAUUUAUUGUUUUUAUAUAAAUUUACUUGAUCGGUAACAUGUAUACGUAUAGAUGUACAUACAUACAUACAUACAUACUUAUGGCAAUUAUCAAUGCAAAAAUUCCUAAAUUGAAAUUUUACGCGAGAAGCUAAGAACGUUUAAAACUUACACAGUAAAUAUUUUUUUAAAUAUGGCUUUGAAUUUUCUUGGAGCAGUGUACAUAGCUGAUAGCCAACUAAUGUAAAUAAUAAUAAUAAAAGUAAGGCCUUUUGCAUUGAUAAUUGUUUUAAUUUAGGUAACAAGUGUUGAAUGUUGUAGGACUUUGAAAUCAAGGUAUUUGCAAUAUGAAAC